CUUCAUUCUUAUUUUUUGGACCGGGUCAUGCUUGAUUUUAAAAAAAAACCCAGAAACCGGCGUCGUUCAAGGACCCCAUCCCAACUCUGAAGCGCUCUCACUCACUUCUCUGAACUCUGAAGAAGCCCUGACCCAACCCUAGUCAAUCUCUCACCCAAGCUCAAGCUCUCUCGGUCUCGCACUCACUGUCUCGGAGAGUCGAAGUCAAGCUCGUCCUCGCGUUCUGCGUCGUCACCGUCUCGCACUCAUUAGUCGCCUUCCCUUCGCUCGUCUUUGCCGGCGACAGAAGUAGACGGAACCAGCAUCUGGUCCCUUGGCUGGUGGUUGUUACCGUCAUCGGCCGUCAGUUGGUCCCUGUACAGAAAAGAAAGAAAAGUUGUAAGAAACAUUUCUACAAACACUUUGCAUGCAAGAGUGAGGAGUCUACUCUCACCGUCGCGGCUUUCUCUCACCGCCGCACCGCUGUACUGUCGUCACUGCUCUAUGCUACCGCCAAACAGCUAUCCUGCUGUUGUUAUCUAUUCUUCUCAGUUCUCUAUGUCGCUGCUUUAUCAAAGUGCUGAAUUUUUUAUGACUUGAGUGUGAUAUAUAAUUGUACAAGUUCCCUCAAAUGCUGAAACCUCCGAUAAACCCCUCAGUGAAGAAGCUCAUCGGAGCUUCAAUUCUUUUCCAUCGAUCGAUGACGACCAGCAAGAGGGUUCAAGACAGGAGUAAGCAGAAGAGAGUUAACGAUCUUGAGGUCGCAACCGAGAAGUGGAAGAUACUCUCCAAAAUCCUCUUCUUAAUCGAGCUUCUGAAGCAACAGCCUGAGAUGAUUAUCCCUGUUAGAUCCCUUGAAAACUACCGUAAGCAGAUCAAUCUCCCAAAGCCACAUAGAAUCUCCGAUUUCAUUCGAAAGACGCCAAAGCUCUUUGAACUCUACAAGGAUCACAAGGGGGUGCUGUGGUGCGGCUUGACGGAGAGAGCUGAGGAAUUGUUGGAGGAAGAACAGAGGGUUCUUGAGCAGCAUUCCGAUAAGGCUGCGGAACAUGUUACGAGGUUGCUGAUGAUGUCGGUGGAUAAGCGUCUCCCGUUAGAGAAGAUUGCUCAUUUCAGAAGGGAUUUUGGGUUGCCUAUGGAUUUUAGGGCUAAUUGGGUGCACCAAUAUCCACAGCAUUUUAGGGUUGUGAAGUCCUUUGAUGGCAUUGAUCAAGUUGAGUGCUUGGAGCUUGUGAAUUGGAAUCCUAAUUGGUCAAUAACGGAAUUAGAGAAGGUUACAGGUGUAACUGAAUCCACUACUACCAAUUUGCAUAUCCCUGGUAUGCUGUCACUUCCAUUCCCUUUGAAAUUCCCUUCAAAUUAUAAAAGGGUGUAUCGUUAUAGUGAAAAGAUUCAAGAUUUUCAAAAGAGGGCUUAUUUGUCUCCUUAUGCUGAUGCAAGAGGUCUCAAGGCUGGUUCUCUUGAAUUUGAUAAGAGGGCCGUUGCUGUUAUGCAUGAGAUUCUUAGUUUCACCAUUGAAAAGAGAUUGGUCACUGAUCACCUCACUCAUUUUCGUUGGGAGAUGGUGAUGCCUCAGAAGCUCAUGAGGAUUCUUCUGAAGCACAUUGGCAUCUUCUAUGUCUCGGAGCGGGGAAAGAGGUUUAGUGUGUUCUUGAAUGAAGCAUAUGAAGGUGCGGAGCUGAUUGAGAAAUGCCCCUUGGUCCUAUGGAGGGAAAAAGUCUUAAAGCUUGUUGGUUAUAGAGGGAGGAAGAAGAAGUUUGAGAUACUCAGUGACAUGUCUGAUGUAGAAGGCGAUAUUGGCUUGAUGCAGAGUGAUUCUGAAGUAGAGGACUUGGACGUGCAGCUUGAGCAGCAUGGUUCCGUGGAUUAUGAGGAUCCUUUACUUGUGGACAAUUCUGAGAUGGAUGUUGAAGAGAUUGCCUGUGAAUAUCGAAAUUUUAAGAAUUCUUGAGGUUGAGAGAAUGUGCAGAUGUAAACAUCACACACUGAUUUUUUUAAGUACGUUUUUUCUAUUUUGAUUGGCUGAUGCUUAAAUGAAGCCCAUCUGAAGAAGGUGCAAGUGAUAGAGAAUAUAGCUGGACAAAUUAAACCUUGUUUCAGAACCCGCUGGAAACAAUUUAUAAUCAUGGCUAGUGAAUGCUGUAGCAUGGGUUAGACAAACACCUUGUGGUCCUACCUGAAAGGCCAAAAGUAAAGUGGUUCGUGGUUGAUUGGUGUGCUUCAAUCAAUGAACAAAUGAUACUUUUUCUGCAAAAGGAGAUUGAACCUGUUUAAGCUGGAGUAUUGAUUAUCACAACGCAUCGAUCCUGUCUUUAUCAACGAUCCCUAAUCCUUAGGCUUAUCUGUUUAAAGCUCUCAACAUUUUGACCUUGGGUAAAAUUUAUCUAGGUAUGCAACAUCCAAUCAUAUAUUGAAGCAAUUUAGAUAAGCGAUUUGAGGGUUAGAGGGUAUCAUUCAGUCAAUCACAUUUGAGGAGAGAAGUUUUUUGAUUACUCGAUGGUAUUUUCAUUUUAAUUUUGGUUCUUCAACUGCUGCCAAAGCUGUUACAAUGCCAAAACUGCAAUUCAGUGGCGGAGCUUGUAAUUUAAACAAAAAGAUGUAACAUUUCUAAUGCAUUCAAGUUUAUUACAUGAAUUUAUAAAUAAGGAUACAUUUGUAAUGUCGUUAUUCAUUAAUAAAAUCUGUUAUCAAAA